AUGAACGUGACUGAUUAUUUACGAAAUAUUUAUAAAGGACCAUUCGCCGAUUAUCUAUCAACUUCCAAUUCAAUCGGUGGUGUUUUAAAAGAUCAGAGCUCUUUAGUGAAUAUUUUGUUGAAACUAGAAGUCAACUUAAUGCAAAUACUGCAAAAAUACAAAAAGCCUAUACAUGCACAAGAGGAAGACAUUUUUCUAGAACCGAUUGCAAAGCAGAUUGGCAUCAUAAAGGAUCAUACCAAAGAGAAUGACGAUUAUCAUAAUUUAACUUACGUGGCUAAUGUCAUAGAUAUAUUCUUAUGGAUGAAAGAAACCGACAUGAAUAAAUUCGUGGAGAGAUUCAGUGACUUUAUAAUACUUUACAAAAACGAAAUGAAUCAAACGAACUUUAGUUUUGAAUUUACUCCAUGUCUGGAGGCCUGGAUUAAAACAUUAGAAGAAUUUUCAGAAUUUAUAUUAACUUUUUUCCAACACGGAUUAGUUUGGUUAGGUACUGAAAAGUUGCCUGCUCAAGCCGUGCUAGGAGAUAAGCAGGAAUUCAGAAACUUUGAUCGUACAGCACUUUUUAACGAUAUUAAUCAGGGUGAAAAUAUUAUAAGAAUGUUAAGACACCGAGAAAAUAGCCCUCAUUCGUCAAUGAAUUAA